AUGAACAUGAAUUUGGCAGAAAAUGAAGAAAAUAGAAAGAAGAACAAAGUGAGAAAUCUUGUUGACGAGUGCGAAGCAAUCGGUUACAUCAGCAAAACCGUUCAUGACAACAAGAAGAUGUACACUGUUCAGGAGUUCUUCUUUUGUGAACUUGAAUACUUGACUGUUUUAAAAUAUUUACAGAAAGGAUUGGAUACUUUUGAAUUAGACCUUCUGCUGCGAAACCCAAGUAGUGAAGCAAAAGAAGCAGCUUGUGCCCUAUUGUCCGAUAAACGAGAAUUUUUUGAACAGCUCGUCAAGAGCCAUCAGGAUCUUUCGAUACAAAGAAGAAACUGUGCAGCUAGCAGGAUCUCCGAAUAUUCUGAAGUCUUGGAAUCACCUGAACAUCAUCAAAUUCUGUUGAUGGAUGUAAACUCGGACAGCAUGAGUUUCAUUGACAAGAACCAAAAAGGUAUAAUCCGUGCCCUUGGCGCCGGAGAAUACAAACACAAGAGCUCCAAAAAUGCUGAGGAACUCAGCGACUUUGGGAUUUAUUUGCUUACAGAGAACGAAGAGCUCUAUAAUGCCAUUACUAAGCUUUUUGGAGAUCUCGAUUCCAUCUGUUUAUUGAGCUUGUCCAAAAUUAUGGAGAAGCAGUGCAACACUUACGAAUUCUUGUUGGAGAAUGUAAGGGAUGCUAGAACAAAAAGAUCAGCCGAAACAAGUACUCUCGUCUCCAAGAUUAAAAAGUGUGGGAAAUUGGAAACCUUCACAAUUGUAUUUAAGUUAAUUCCUUUCGAGUCGUCUGAGGUCUACAAAACUUUGGCAAUCUUGUAUUACAUCAUUGCUGCUGUCAACUUUGCACGAAAGAUUGGACCUGGUGCUUUAUCAUGGGUGCAUUUUACAUUGCAUUCUAAGCGGUGCUGUCAAGCAGAUUUAUUUUUAAAGAAGGCCCUUGUUGUAGUUAAGCGACACAAAGGCAAUGCGAGUUCUGAAUUCAAUGUUAAGUUCUAUAUUCCUAUGGAAUUGUGCAACAGCACUGAAUAUUUGAAGCUACCCACAAAAGUCUUGUAUCAGUUACCGGUUUCUGAUGUGGAAACAUACUAUGAAGUCGCGGCCUCUUUUUGUUCUCAGCGAGACAUCGCGUUUGACGGGAUCCAAGAUGAAUCUGAUAUGAUGACAGUUGAUUUCACUGAAUCUGAGAGGGAUAUCAUGGAGUCAAAGAAAUCGAGCAGCAACACUUGGAAUAUGCUGUUCCGGAGUCUUGAUUUACGCGUCGAACCCCAUGGUUCAGUCAUUCAGAGUAAAAUUGAUAGGUUGAGCCUCGAGAAUAAGCGAUUUGACUGCAAGAAUUUUUCAGCAAAAAGUUUGCAAACUCCUGGAUUUCGUACUCACCUCGAAUUUGUUAGUCGGAAAAACAGAGAGGUGAUCACGCGAUUGCUGAAGUUCAAACUAAACUUCGUCCAUCGACGCGGGGCUAUCUCACAGAAUCUCCGCCAUCGAUAUAUUUUGGAGUAUAUUCAGGGUCGACUCUCAGGUGCCAUGGAUUUUUCUUCGGAAAUAGUUUUGUCGCUCUAUCCGAUAUUCGUGAUUGCGUUGCGCUUGGUGAACGAGUUCAAAAAAAAGACUACACUUAAUGAGAUAGAGUGUCUGGACCUGGAGUACUCCAAAGGAUCUGCCGCCUUCUUUUCUUGGCUAAUUCUUGUUUUCGAGGGAGUAUUCUGCCUUGCUUUCAUCAUUAAUAUGGGGAUCAUGUUUGUUAGAACCUGUAUUCCCUGGUUUAGUAAGUGGAGGUACUGGAGACAUAGGCCUCUCCUACCAAGAUAA